CACUAAAAAAAGACAGAGAACAAAAACAUUUAUCCAAAAAAAAAAAUACACACAAGAGAGUGGUGAUGACGUAUAAGUGGAUUCAACAAAACAUCAAACUAUUUUCAAAUACGGCAUGAUAUGCCAUUCUUAAAAGAAAAAACACAAGUAAAAAAAAAGACAGAUAAUAGAUUCCAAUAAACAAACACACAAAGGAAAAACCAUAUCUUCUGAUGCAUCAUAAAUUAUAUGACAAAAUAGUGUGGGACUAUGUGAUAGUGUGUAGGCGGCAUUAUAAUAUUUUAAUUCGUUAAUGUUCGCAUUUAUUCGGAAUGUCCAUGGAUGAUAUUGGAGGUGUUACGUCAUCAUCAUCACCAACAACAACAACAACAAAAAUAAGUACAGCAGAAACGAAUGGAGCAGCAAAACCACAAGAAAAUGAUACAAAUGAAGAACAAUUUGAUAUAAUUAGUCCGUCUGUGAACAACAACAACGAUAUUGCUACAAGUACUACUGCUACGACAAUUGUGAAACCACGAACAGUAUCCUUCAAUCGAGAUGUCCACGUUAAACGAAUUGAAUUACGUGAAUCACCAGACGUAGUACCAGCAUUAACAGGCGUUGUUGGACCAAGCCUUGGACAAUCAAAUGAAAAAGAAAAUACAAGUGGCACACGAUUAUUUGCAUUGCCAGUACGUCGAGAGAAAUUAGGCCAUUUAUCGCGUAAGCAGUUAGCAGAGGAGGCUGCUAAAGUAUUAAAACAAGCCGACAGUGUACAUUGUGUGUCAAAUCGAACUGGAUCAUUCCCAGAAAAAUUCUAUUCAUUACCAUCACGUAAAAAGAAUAAUCGUUAUUACCAAAACGAAUCACCAAAUUCAUCGACCGAACGAAAAUUAACAAGACGACGUCGUAGUGAAGAAUUAGGUUCAACAACAUCAAUUAUCUUACCAGAAGCACCAAAAAAACCACCGCGAACAUUUUUAACGCGUUCAGUGAGUGACGUUAGUGCUAAAAAUUCCAAUAAAAAUAAUCAAAAAGAUCAACCCGCGCGUCCUAAACGUUCAAAAAAGAAUCCGCUAAAAAAUUUAUUUAAAAAAACUACUAAAGUAAAACGUAGCAAAAGUGAUGUUUCGGAUGAUAAAAAUAAAAAACAAACGAAUAUAAAUCGUAGUCAUAGUGAUGUUUCAGAUAAAAAGCCAGUGUUACGAAAACGAUCCGGGUCUUUAACAGAUGAAAAUUUAAUAUUAUCAUCGAAAAAAUCACAGUUAUCACCGAUUAUAGAAGCAUCACCAAACGUAGAGCAUUCAUCGCUAAGAUCUCCAGAUUAUUUUAGUGUUAAACCGGUAACCUCUACACCUGUUAGUUCUAGUGAUAAAGAAAAUCAAAAACCCGCUUCAAAUAAUAUUGAAUUAAUUAAACCACCAGAACGUAAAAAAUGGAAAAAACAAUCACCAGAAAUCAAAUUAAAUGAUCCUCCCAGUUGGCAAAAGGAUCAACCUCAAUCGAUUGUGAUAAUUGAUGUUGAUAAUGCUGAAACAUUAACCUCACGAAAAAAUCCAUUACGAAAAUCAUUCGAAGAUCGUUUAAAAUCGAUCACGAAACGGAAUAAGAAAAAAGAGGAUAUUGAUGAAGUUGAUAAUAAGAAUUCAAUACAAAAAUUAAAAGAGAAAUUCGAGGAAGAAAUUCUAAAACAAUCAUCACCAGAGAUGAUUCAUAGUAGUCAAAAACCAGUGGAUCGUUUACCAUUAACCCGUGGUCACACGGUUGACCACAUGGUGAAACGUUUAAGUCAUGAACAAACACGUUUUUCACCGCCACCAAAAACACCAAAUGUUCUAAUCACACCAAAAAUUGGUAUCAAUCAUAAUAAUAAUUUACCAUUUAGCUAUACGAAACCAAGUGUCAGUCCAAUUUCGGACACAGAAAUCAAUAACCGUCGUAAUUCUUUAAGUCCAGAACGAGAGUACCAAAGUUCGUAUCGAUAUGAAACACGUAGUCCUGUAUACAGUCCCAAAAAUGAUAAAACACCAAAUGGACAAAUUAUUUACGCCCAAGUGGUUUGUGGAACACCAGAAUCUAAGCAAACAAUACAUCGAACAUACGAUCAGAAAACAAAAUUAUUCACACCAAAUUCGGAUUCAGACGAAGGUUUAGGUUAUGAAGAAUAUGGAAAAAAUCGUUUAGAAUCUAAAAAUAAUUCUUUUAACGAUGAUUUACCAAUAUCGCCCAAAUAUAAUCAAAAUGGUGGAUUCACAACCACGAAACGGGAAUAUACUUCCAAUUUUAUGGAUACGACAAUCUUACGUGGACGAGCGGAUGGUAUGGAUACCGUAAAACGACGUGAAAGUUUAACCGAGCUAUUGAACAAUGACAAUUCAAAAAUAAAUGAACGAAAUGAUUUAAGCUCACGUCGAGAACUCUUAGAAUCCCGAAUUAAUUCCCGAAAUAAGUUGUUUGAAACAAAAUCGAAAUAUUUGAAAAAUGGAAGUUCACCUCCGCUUACAAAUGGUACGGGAUAUGUGGAGAAAUUUACCAGUGAGUCAUAUUUAGACGAACAUGGUGAUAGAGUUACGAAUGAGACUCAUACAACGGAGAAAAUUAUUGGAAAUAAUCGUUUUACGGAAAAUUAUCAAAAUAAUAAAAUCAUAAAGGAAUUCCAUAAAUCAAAUCCUGAGUUAAUCGCCCAAAAACGUUAUGAGGAUGUUUUAGAGCGAAGAAAUCAUCGAACUGUUGAGAAUUCAAGUUAUCAUGAUUCACUGAAACGCAAUAAAGCUAAUAAAUAUGAUGUACAAGUUACGAAAGAUAAAUUUGUUGAUGAUUCUGGCAUUGAAAAUGAUUUUCGUCGUGAUUCUGAACGUCGAAAUCAUCAUAAUCAACGUCAUCGUAACGAUUCCGAAGAUGAAGGUUUCCAAAGUUCUUUAUUAAUUGCGGUCGAAAAACAACAUACAGAAGACAAUCAUCGAAAGUAUAUUACAAAUGAAUAUCACCAUCAAAAUUAUCAUCAUAAAACCACAAUUACUCCUUAUACAAAUGGUCGAAAAGAUUAUGAUGAUUCGGACAUCGGUCUACGUGAUUUAGAUGAUUCAGAUCGUGAUAUUCCUAAAUAUAAAACAGAAACUUUACAACGGAAUCAUAAAAAACAAACAGAAUAUGUCCCUAGAGAACGAAGUAUUGAUGAUGGUUCACAUUAUGAUCCCCGAAUUGAUAAGGAUUUGGAUAAAAAUGGAAAGAAAAUUGAUACGAAACCACCAAAGGGUGAAAAGAAAAUUAGCAGUUUAGAUAAGGUGAAGAAUUUAUUUUCAAGUAAAAAAACAAAAGAAAAACGUGCCGCCAAAGCUGUAAACGAUCAAUUAAUGGUUGAUGAGCAAGAGAUGCGUGCACGUUAUAGUGAAUAUAAAGGCAGUAAAGAAAACCUCGAUAAUAAACAGGAAGUUGAUUAUAGCAAACGUAAAAAAUUAACUACACCUCGUUCUAGUCGAAGUCCAACACCGGAACGUUUAACAAAUACGUUAACACGUUCAUCUAAGCAUCAACAAUUGAAUAAGCAACAAUCGCCUCCACCAGCAUCAAACUCAUCAAACAAUUGGUUUAAAUCGUUAGAUCGAAUUACACGAAAAAAUAAAAAAUCAAAUUUGGUUGUGCAAUCGGAUAUCUCAAAAAUUUCUGAAACAGAAGUAUCAGAUCCAGAUUCAACAUCACCACAAAAACCACAAAAAAAUUUACGAUUUUUCGGUGACACCGAUGCUGAAUCCAAUAACGAUAGUAUACGUCAAAAGGGCACUUCUUACAAACAGCGAUCAUCGUUAAAUCAUAACAAUACGUCAACGCUAACGCGCACAUCACCACAUCGAAAUUUAACUGAUAUCGAUGAACAAAUCGUUGAUAGGAAGGAUAAAACAAAGUUAUCUGGUAAACCACCAGUAUCACCAUACGAGCCACGUAUAUUACGUGGUCAUUCACGUAAUGGUCAUACAUCAGAUACAUUGGAUGGAAGACGACGUGCUGGAAGUGAUUCAACGCUAAAACGUUUAAAACGUAACGAUAGUUUACUGGAAUCGAGUGAAGGCGAUAGCAGUCAGCAGUCCCAACGAAGUGUAGUUUAUUUACAUGCAGCAACAGUUGGAGAUAUACCAGGACCUGGUGAUUUUGCACGACGACGAGGAGCAUCUCGCGAAGAACUAAGUUCAAUAGCAUCAUCUCGCGUUGUAACACCCCAAGUAAAAACUCUAUCACGUUCAUUCUCCGUACUAGCACCAUGGAAACCACGACAUUAUCGUGAAAGCUACAAUAUCGAUUAUUCCCAACAACCAGUUCAACCCCGUUCAAAAUCAUCCACAUCAACAGUAAAAUCUAAAAUCGAUGCAAAAAAUUCACGUAAUGGUACUUCAUCAACUUUAAAUCGACGCAGUAAAUCAAAAGAUAAUGUCUCAACAUUAAGUCGAAAAUCUCAGUCACGUGAUAAUGUAUCUAAGUCAAAGGAUGACAUUUCAUCAAAUCGUAGUACAUCAACGUUGAAUCGUAAAUCCAAAAGUACUGAAUUUAAUGAACGAAAAUCACGAUCCAAAGAUAAUUUAGCAUCAUCCACACUAAAUCGUCGUGCAAAAGAUGGAUCAGAUGGUUCUAUGUAUAAGAAAAACGAGAAAACUGCUUCUUCACGUGACAAUAAGAAAAGUAUGUCCUUGGAAUCUUUGGGAAGUAAUAGACGAAAUAGCAGCAGUGAUAAGGAGAAAGAAAAACGUGAUCGAGUAUCACGAUCUGUAUCAAUGCCAAAAGAAAAAUCAGCUGGAUGGUUUAGCAAGAAAUCUUCCAAAAAAUAAACUAACCUCUAUAAUAGAAAAAGUCUUUUAAGAUGAUUGCAAAAGUGUUGACGUUAGUGAGACCAAAAAAGAUAACUUUUAAUAUAUUUUCUAUCUUCCUUUUUAACUCGCACUGUCGUUCUAAACGUCACGCUUAAGUAGUCUUUAUUUUAUUUGAUAAGUUUUUAAGACAUUUUUGGAGGAGGCUAUUAAAAUAAAGCUAAUAUUUCUUCUAGAAGAAAAAAAGUAGAAUAAGCUCCGGUGAUUGAAAACGAUUAUGAUAAAAUUGAAUUUUUAGUUUCGGAAACUCAAAAAAGUCAGGGGGAGACCUUCCAAUCAGACAUGCUUCGGGACCAAAUCUAUGAUGGAACACAUUUUGCUUCUCCUAGACUCUCUUUCGAUCCGGUUUGGACGAUUCGUCUAUACCACUAGAAAGAAGCCAGACGGAAAAAAAGUUUAUAGCAUUUUUGAAUCACCUUUAGCUUAAGGAUACUCAAACAUGGUCCGGGCCAAGUCUAUGAUGAAAUUUUGCCUCUCCUGGAUGCUUUUUUGAUCUGGAUGGAUCUUCACCACUCGUGUUUAUUUUUGAUUAUCGAUUUUUUCAAAACGAGUUACUGCGAGAAAAGAGAAAAAGUUAUUUCUGCGUUUUUCUUUUAAAUUAAAAAUUCCUGGUAGUUUUCGGAAAUUUAGAAAAUAGAUCAACAUUAUUUGCAAAUCCUCUUGAUUUAUUUCAGAACUUGGACUAGAUUGAUCUAAGAAUCGAAAUUAAAUUCGGUUUUGGAAUUAAGGUAGGCCUCGUUAUGGCAAAAACUUUCAAGCCAUUCCGAAAAAAUGUCUUAGCGUACACAAACACAGUGCCAUUUACAUUUGAAAUUCUCUCUUUAAAUUUUUUUAAAUUUAAAUUUAGAGACGAAUGGAAAAAAAAACCUUAAAACAAAGGAAAUGUUGUUCCUGGCAAAAAAAAAACUAUCAAAUAAAUAUAUUUUUUAAUAAUUUUAUCCCAAAUAACAAAAUAAAAUCCAGUAGUCAUGAUAAAUUUUCGUAAGUUCUAUGUAAAUAAUGUAAAACCAUUUUAUCUUUUUAAAACGUUGAAAAUUUAUUUAACUUCGAAUACUUUUCCACUUUCUUUUAAUUAAACUAAAUUUAGAAAAUAAGAUUCGAUAAUUAUGUAGUCAAAAUAUAGAGUUAUUAGAUUGUUAAUUAGCAUUCCAUUAAAUAAAACAGAGAUAAAUGAUCCAGAAUUUUAUGCUAAAACAAUACAAAACGGUGCUAAUUUUGUUUUCUGGUUUUGCCUUUUAUUUCCAGUACUUAAUAUAUAUUUGUUUUAUUCUUACCAAUUAAAAAC